UCCGGCGAGGCGGAUCUAGUGAAUGCAGGGUUCGGGGAGACCGGAUCUAGUGAAUGCAGGGUCCGGGGAGACCGGAUCUAGUGAAUGCAGGGUCCGGGGAGACCGGAUCUAGUGAAUGCAGGGUCCGGGGAGACCGGAUCUAGUGAAUGCAGGGUCCGGGGAGACCGGAUCUAGUGAAUGCAGGGUCCGGGGAGACCGGAUCUAGUGAAUGCAGGGUCCGGGGAGACCGGAUCUAGUGAAUGCAGGGUCCGGGGAGACCGGAUCUAGUGAAUGCAGGGGUCAGGGGAGACCUGAUCUAGUGAAUGCAGGGUCCAGGGAGGACCGGAUCUAGUGAAUGCAUGUCACCCUGUUCACUAUAUCUGCUCUCUCCCAGACCCUGCAUUCACUAUAUCUGCUCUCCCCGAACCCUGCAUUCACUAUAUCUGGUCUGUCCCAGGACCCUGCGUUCUCUAUAUCUGGCCUGUCCCAGGACCCUGCGUUCACUAUAUCUGGUCUCUCCCAGGACCCUGCGUUCACUAUAUCUGGUCUCUCCCAGGACCCUGCGUUCACUAUAUCUGGUCUCUCCCAGGACCCUGCGUUCACUGUAGCUGGUCUUCCACAGUACAUAGAACAUGGGAAUUACAUUAUUUUAGUAACUAUAAACUUCUAAAUACCUUUUCUCAUCAGCAGUAUAUAGCCGUCUUGUGA